AUGACAAUGCCCGAGAAGCGCAAGCCUUCCAUGUCUGAACCAGCCUUUAAAAGACCACGCCUAAAUGAUUCAGGCGAUAGAGAAAGCUUUCAAUCGGUUGAUAACCAAGAAAGACCCAAAAAUGACCCUACGUUCGGGCAGAAGAGCGCCUUCCCAGGGCUUGAUGACGGAGGGGACGAACUCUUCUAUGGAUCGGCAGAUGAUGGGAUAGAAUACUUGCGCAUGGUUCGAUCCGAAGCAAGAUCGCUACCAUCCCUAUUCACUGCACCAACGGCAAGAAAGCGAAAUGAAGACGCCGAACCAACCAACAGCGUCUUCGACGAGACGACAGACACGCACAAAUUUCCGGCUGGCUUCUACGAAGACGAGGCUUACAUAGCACCCCCUACGGCCGACAAACCGCCGAUCGCUCUGCUCGACGAUGGUUAUCCCGACGCCCAGCUAUCUUAUUAUAAUCUCCUCCGCCACCGUUUUCUUUACCUUCGAUCAACACUCCGCUGCAUACCUCCAGCAUCAGCUAUCGCUGCUCUCGAUGACGCUCAUCCGAUCAGCCUCCCAGACCGAAGUACAGCCGCUCGAAAGGAGUGGCGACGACUACUGCUCACCGAAGAACCUACCAUGGUGCAACUCGCAUGCUUGGACUCGGCAAGUGUGCUUCGGGUGCUGACAAUUUUGGCGCGGGGCCUGGGAGAGAGCGUUAGAGGUGGCGAUGUUGCCUUGGUCCGAAGAGUCGGGGCAUGGGCCUGGGGCCUUCUGGGAAAGUGUCGUGAAGUUGGAGAGCUCGCCACUGACCAAGUAGGCGAAAUUCGUGAUUUCGGAAAACGCGCAGCCAAAAUAUUACUCAGGAUACGAGAGGCGGAGCUCAGGCGUUCGAACGAAGACAGUGACGAAUAUGAUUCAGAUACCGGUGGUGAUUCAGAAGAGGCCCAGGCAGACGCAAUCAUGCAAGACGAGUCAGACUCAUCACAGCACGCAGUCACGGACAUGGCCGAGUCAGAUAUGGACAUGGCCGAUGCGGACUUGUCAUCCGCACUCGAGGCAGCGAAAUCGCGCCUACAAGCUCAGUUAGACGAAGAUGCAGCUGCUGAGCAAGAAGAUCGAGCUGCUGAACAGCCUAGUGGGGACUCAGCUCAGCAAGCGCGCAUCUUGCUAGAUAUGAUUCUCACUGUCGUGGGCGAAUUUUUUGGUCAACGAGACCUUCUCGAGUUGCGAGAGGUAUGGGUGUUGGAGAAUGCCCAUCACGAGACAGUAGAACUCGAAAGUUGA